AUGAUCAACGCCGUUCUUGUCUUCAAUAACAAUGGCCAGCCCCGGCUGACCAAGUUCUACACACAGCUGGACACGCAAACCCAGCAAUCCCUCAUCGCGCAGAUAUACCGUCUAGUCGCACAGCGCCCUGCAAGCGCCUGUAAUUUCCUCCCUCUCCCACCCCUCCUUUCUCAGGGCGCCAGCUCCUCCGCCAGCGGGCCCUCCGAUGCCCCCACUCAAAUCACAUACCGAACCUACGCAACACUGUCCUUCAUCAUGAUCUCUACAUCCACCGAGUCCCCGCUCGCUUUGAUAGAUCUGAUCCAGGUGUUUGUCGAAGCGCUGGAUCGCAUGUUCGAGAAUGUGUGCGAGUUGGAUCUUAUUUUCGGCUAUGAGACUCUGCAUGCCGUGCUGGGUGAGAUGAUCGUUGGUGGUGUUGUGGUUGAGACAAAUAUUGAGAAGAUCAUUGCUGGUGUGCGUGCUCAAGAGGGAUCACUGGGCAAAAAGAAAGCCGUUCAGGCUGCUAGUGCUAGUCUGGGUCGUGGGGCAUUGCCUGGGCUGGGGGCGUGGAGAUGA